GGUCGCGGCUAAGUUGCUGCCGUGAGGACGCACCUGAUUACGCGCUCCGUGGUUGUGCGCCCUAGAUAACACGCGCUCGACGCCCUCGCAGCGCACGACCGCAAGCACGUACGCGCUGCCGCGCCGUGACGCACGCAAGGAACGCUAACAGCGCUGCGCCACAGCACAAGCUAUGGCCAAAGCGAAGCCCCAACCAAAGCGCAACACGCGCAGCACGGCGAAACCCGCCGCGAAGGCCGCGCCCAAAAAACGGCCCGCGGCCGCGAAGCCCGCGCCCAAAAAGAAGCCCGCCGCCGCGAAGCCCGCGCCCAAAAAGAAGCCCGCCGCCGCGAAGCCCCCGCCGAAGAAGCGGCCCGCGCGCAAGCCGUCGGCGCGCGCCCGCGAGGCCGAGGAGGCGCCCGCGGAGCGCCUGCGCAAGGCGGCGCGGACCCUCGGGGGCGACGCGGGGCCGCGGACGUCGUCGCGCCCGCGCAAGGCGAGCGCGCGCGCGCGCGAGGCGGCCGAGGACGUGGAGGAAGACGAGCAGCCGGCGCCCAAGAAGAAGGUGCGGAAGCGCGCGACGCAGUGGGCCGGCGUCCCGCCCGUGAACAUCGCGGCGCCGCGGCCGCCCGCCUCGCGGGAGAAGGGCUACUACAAGGAGCGCGCCCUCCAGCGUCUCGGGGAAUUGAUCCCCAAGGCGGUCGAGCCGCCCAAAGAAAUUAAAAAGUACCCCGUCGGGCCGCGCCGCGAGAAGGUGUUGACGCUGAGCGACCUCGAGGCCAAGGGCCUCGUGGGCGUCAAGAAGCCCAUCCUCCCGAAGAGCUGGCUCGCGCACGACGAGGACCUCGUGUUCGACACGGUCGACGUCGUCGUCAAGGCGGAGCCGACCUUCGGCAUGUACCUGAAGAACGUCGACGAGCGCUGCGUCGUGCGCGGCUUCGUCGAAAACGCGGACGCCGUCGAUAAAUUGAAAUGCAACGACGUGCUCAUCGCCGUGGGCAACAUCGACGCGCGCGCCGUCGGCUUCCGGGCGACGCUCGCCAAGCUCGAGAAGUGCUACGACACCGGCGCCGCGGCGCUGCGCGUGGCGCGGCCGCGGCUGCGGAGUGACCUCGUCUUCGAGGCGCGGACGUUCGCGGCGCCGGCCGCGGCGCCGGCGCCCGCGCCGGCGCCCGCGCCGGCUGCCGACGACGACGAGAGCUUCCUGGACCGGCCCGCGCUGCUCGCGCCGGCGCCCGGGCCGGCCCGCGCCGCCGCGGCUCCGGUCCCCGCGGCCCGCGGCGGCCCCGUCGCGCCGGUGCCCGGGCCCGCGCCGGCCGCGCUCCUGCCGGCCAUCGACGACGAGGAGGAGGAGGCCGAGCUCGUCUGCCGGCCGCGGAAGGUCGGCGGCGGAUAA